GCUUCCCGUAUAAUCUCCCGGAACAGCUGUGCUGUGAUUGCAUUGUGGAUUACAAAAUGACCAUUUUCCACAAACCAGCUGCUGACUGGAGGGAAAGCACUUAAUAACCACUGGGGAUGUGAGGGAGGAGGGGAGGAAAUGAAGGAGAAGGGGGUCUUGAAGCAAUUGGGUUUCCUGGAGUAUCUAGAGAUGAGAAAACCAGCAGACAAAGCGUGAGUCCCAUUUCUGUAUUGCUCCUACAAAUCAACAGGACUUCGAGGACUUGCUGCCAAGAUGGAGCUGCUGAAGGGAUUGCCAUGGCGCCGUGCUUUCCUGGCUGUCAUCCUCAACCUGCUUGCCCUCAGCCUCUCCACCACUGCCUUGCUUGGCAGCUACUGGUGCACCGGGACCCAAAAAGUGCCCAAGCCUUUGUGUGGGAAGAGCAAGGCCACCAAGUGCAUCGGUGUCCCCAUGCCACCCGAUGCAGGUGCUAGCAAUGUUUCAUCCCAGGACGUGGUGCACUACAGCUGGGAGACCGGGGAUGACCGCUUUGCCUUCCGAUACUUCCACACGGGGAUGUGGCUUUCCUGUGAAGAGAGCAUGGAAGGGCCAGAAGAGAAAUGCCGUAGCUUUAUUGAGCUUUCACCACCAGCAGAGAGAGGAAUCCUGUGGCUGUCGCUGGGAUCAGAGAUGCUGUACAUCAGCUUGCUGCUCAUCAGCUUCAUCCUCCUGAUGGUGGAAAUGCUGCACACUGGCAAUCCUGUCUGCGGGUUGAAGCUCAAUGCCUUUGCUGCUGUCUCCUCGGUGCUGUCAGGUCUCCUUGGGAUGGUGGCACACAUGAUGUACACUCAGGUCUUUCAGGCAACGGUUAAUCUGGGACCAGAGGACUGGAGACCGCACACAUGGGACUAUGGCUGGGCAUUCUACAUGGCCUGGGCUUCCUUCACCUGCUGCAUGGCCUCUGCUGUCACCACUCUCAACACCUACACCAAGACAGUGCUGGAGUUCAAAAGGAACCACAUCAAGGGCUAUGACUUGAAGGAUCAGCCUCAGCACCACCAGUGCUUCAUACAGCGGCAAAUAAGCAGCUACUAUGGGCCCCAAGACAAGCCCCUCCAUUCGGUCUCUGAGGGAGUCGACUUCUACUCUGAUCUGCGGCAGAAAGUGCUCCAGCGGGAACCAGAGCUGGAUCUGGAUGAGGUCUUGGGACAAACGAUUGGGGAGGAUUGUUGUUAG